CUUCAACAAUAAUAUGAUAAACAUCCUAUUCUAAUUUUGAAAGAUGUUAAGUAUCAGGAGUUGACCGCAAUGAUGGACUAUAUGUAUCGUGGCGAAGUAAAUAUUUCGCAAGAUCAAUAAGCGGCUUUAUUAAAAGCUGCUGAGUCAUUGCAAAUUAAAGGUUUAUCCGAUAAUCGCACUGGUGCACCGAAUCCUGAACAUCAUCGGGGUUUAAACAUACCUGGUAGUGUCGGUGGUGGUUCAAGCAAAUUAAGUUCUGGUUAUACAUUAGAACAAACCAAACGUGCACGUGUUGCACAAUCAGGUAUGGAUUCACAAGAUUUGUCUGCAUCACGUGAAGGUUCUUCUAGUCCAUCAAGACGUCGACGAAAAGUUCGGCGCAGGAGCAUUGAAAAUGCCAUGACUGAUAUUCAUGACAACUCAAACUCCUCUCAAAUGCAAUCUAAUCAAUCCGCAUUACUUCAGCAGCCUGCAAACUUAGCUGGUGCUGGCGCUAUAACAGCAGCUGCCGCACAAAUUCCGACAUCAUCAACAGCAUUAUCGACAGGAAUAAUGCUGUUGAUGGUGCUACAGGAGCAACCUCAGGUCAAUGAUGAAGAAAUGGGUAUGGAUGAUUUAGAUCAUAAUGCUGGUACAAGUCAAGGAGGAGAAGGAUCUAGUCAAGGCUACGCACCCUGGCAACAUGAUAGAUCUCAGGAUGAAUUGUUACUGACAACACAAGAUGCACAGCAACGGGACCCACAAGGUAAGUUCUAAGUACGAAACAUUCAA